AUGCUGUGGACAUAUAGAAAGAGUUUAUUGCACACGGCACAAAGAAGGAAAAUCUGGAGAACACUAUCCUUUAAGUCAAUCCAUCAGGUAUGUGCAACAACAACACACCAUGUACAAAAUAUUUAUGACCAAAAUGAAUAUUUUCCCAACAGAAGGAAACCAAUCAUUCUUACACCUCACUUGAUAUAUUCGACUUUGUUGAAUUGUCCCUCUGAUUUGAUUGCUUUCAGUUUUUUCCUUUGGUGUGCAAAACAACGGACUUAUUUUCAUGAUAGUCAAUCAAUUGGUCACAUGAUUAGCGUGGUUGCUCGUUUAACUGAACAAUAUAGGACUGUUGGAGGACUUGUUACUGAAUUAGAGAAUAUUGGGUGUGUAACAAAGGCUCAGACUUUCAUGCUUUUGUUGAGGAUGUAUUGGCGUGGAGGAAUGCAUGAGCAGGUUUUUGAGACUUUUGAGGAAAUGGAUAAAUUUGGUUUUAUGCCCAACACAUUUGCACGCAAUGUUAUUAAUAUUAUGGAUGUAUUGUUCAAGGUUGGGCAUGUUGAUCUGGGUAUUAAGGUUUUGAAAAAGACCCAGGCACCAAAUUUCUUGAGUGUUAAUAUUGCACUAUGUAAUUUAUGUAAGUAUAAUGAUAUAGCAAAAGUGCAGGAUGUUAUUAGGAUUAUGUUGAGGAAGGGGUUUUAUCCUAAUGUUCAGACAUUUGAGAUGGUUUUAAAUUGUUUCUGCAAGAAGGGUAUGAUGGUGCAGGUGUAUCACGUGUUGGGUCUCAUUCUUACAUUGGGAAUUUCUUUAUCUGUGAAUGUUUGGAGUGCACUAAUUGAUGGGUUUUGUCGUUUGAGCAGACUUGAUAUGGCAGGUUAUUUAUUGGAGAAAAUGGUCGAGACUGGUUGUUCUCCUAAUGUUGUAACAUAUACAUCUUUGAUUAAGGGAUACAUGGAAUCCAAAAUGGUUAUUAAUGCAUUUGGUAUUUUAAAUACUAUGGAAUCUAAAGGACAUGCCCCCGACUUGGUUUUUUACAAUGUAUUAAUAGAUUGCUUAUCAAAAAUUGGGAAGUUUGAUGAUGCUCUUGAUGUGUUUCAUGGUUUGUUAAAACAGAAAUUGGUUCCAGACUCUUAUACAUUUUCUUCUUUAUUAUCUACCAUAUGUUUGUCUAGGAGAUUUUCUCUUUUACCCAAGUUAGUAAGUGGACUUACAGUAGAAGCAGAUCUAGUAGUUUGUAACGCACUUUUGAGAUACUUUUGUGAGGCUGGCUUUCCAACUCAUGCAUUGGAGUUAUAUAAUGAUAUGGUGGAUCGAGGUUUGAGACCUGAUAAAUACAGCUUUGUUGGAUUACUCUGUGGACUAUGUGGAGCCAGAAGAAUCGAUGAAGCAGUCAGUGUGUACCAAGGGAUUGUUCUGAAUCAUACUGCUCUUGAUGCACAUGUACAUGCUGUAAUUAUAGAUAAACUUAUAAAAGCUGGUAAAUGUCAUAGAGCCAUUAGAUUGUUUAGAAGAGCCAUAGUAGAGAACUACCCACUAGAUGUGGUAUCAUAUGCAGUUGCCAUUUGUGGACUUCUCAAGGGUGGGAGGAUUGGAGAAGCAUCUACCUUGUAUAGUCAGAUGAAAGAGAUUGGUUUAUCUCCUAAUGCUCACAUUUAUAAUGUAAUGCUUUCUAGUUUCUGUAGGGAAAGAGAUAUUAAAAUGGUCAAAGAAUUGUUACAAGAAAUCAUCGAGGCAAGAAUUGAGCUGAACUACAGGACUUUCAUGAGGGUAACUAGUUUUAUAUUUCAAUUUCAUCCGUCUUCUUCAGCCUUAAAUCAGUUAAUAGAAAUUUGGAAUAUUGGAUUGAUUCCUGAUGAGGCAAUGUGUGUUCCAUUGUCUGAUGGUGUUGAGCUUCAUGUGAAAAACGUUGAUUCCAAUCAUUCGUUGUUGCAAAGCUGCUCGGAAGAUAAUCAAUUUCUAAACUCUUCUAGCUCUGAUGACCUUUCUGAUGUGUCUGCUUCCAUGAUUUUGAUGCAUGAUAAAGCUGUUGAUUAUGUUUCUAAAUGGGUGGAGGCGAAAGCCACCAGAACUGACACUUCAAAGGUUGUUGCAGAUUUUGUUAAAACUAACAUUUUUGUCAGGUUUGGGAUACCAAUGGCCAUAAUAAGUGAUAAGGGCACUAAUUUUUGCAACAGGACAAUGGAGGCAUUGCUUAAGAAAUACUGUGUCACACACAAGGUUUCCACAUCGUACCACCCACAAACCAAUGGCCAAGCUGAGGUGUCAAAUAGAGAGAUCAAGUCAAUUUUGGAAAAGACAGUGAACCCAAACAAGAAGGAUUGGUCUUUGAGAUUAGAUGAUGCAUUAUGGGCAUAUAGAACAGCAUAUAAGACACCUAUUGGCAUGUCCCCAUACAGAUUAGUGUUCGGUAAGCUGUGUCAUCUUCCAAUGGAAUUAGAGCACAAGGCAUAUUGGGCAAUCAAACAUUGCAAUAUGGAAAUGAAAGAAGCUGGUGUUAACAGGAAGUUGCAAUUGCAAGAACUUGAGGAGUUGAGGAAUGAUGCCUACGAGAGUUCACACAUCUACAAAGCAAAGACUAAGGCCUUUCAUGACAAGAUGAUCUCAAGGAAGAAUUUUUCUGUUGGACAGAGAGUCCUUCUUUUUCAUUCAAGGCUGAAGUUAUUUUCGGGUAAGUUACGUUCUCGUUGGGUGGGACCUUUUAUUGUGACUAAUGUUUUUCAUCAUGGUGCAGUGGAAAUCCAAAGUUUGAAAACAAACAAGGUGUUUAAGGUCAAUGGACAUAGGCUUAAGCCUUACUAUGAAGGGUUCCAAGUUUGUAAUAUUGAGGAGGUGGGAUUGGAGGAGUCGAUACAUGAGUAG